CGCGGAGGCGCGGGGCUGGCGGCUGGGACUCGGUAGCGCGGGGCGAGGCGAACGCAGCGCAGGCGGGAUCCGCUGCUACAGCCGCCUGCGCCCGGUGAAGAGCCAGCGGCGCCGGGGCUGGCUUCGCGGCGGUCGCGCCGUGCUUGCCGGCCCGCGGGGGCCCCGCACCGCCCGUCCGCCGCCGCUGCACCCCGCCGCCCUCCGGCCGGUGGUCCCGGGCCGCGCGCCGCACCCCAACCCGCGGGGCUCCGCGUCGCUGCGCGGAUGCCGCCGCAGCAGGAGGGCGAGGCGGGAUACAUCAGCAAACCGGCGCCGGGCGGCUGCGAGGUGCCGCCGGUGCCCCCGCGCAGGGUGCGCAGCGGCCGGGCGGCGGCGGCGCUGGGGGCGGCACUGGGCGGCCGCUGCAGGGCGGCGGGGACCGGGGCCGGGGCUGCGGCAGGGGUCGGAGCCGGGGCCGGAGCUGGAGCCGAGCCGCGGCGCAGCAUCAAGUGCGUGCUGGUGGGGGACGGUGCCGUUGGGAAGACCAGCUUGGUGGUGAGCUACACCACCAACGGGUACCCCACCGAGUACAUCCCCACCGCCUUCGACAACUUCUCCGCUGUUGUGUCUGUCGAUGGCAAGCCGGUGAGACUUCAGCUCUGCGACACAGCUGGUCAGGAUGAAUUUGACAAGCUCAGACCUCUGUGCUACACCAACACGGACAUCUUCUUGCUGUGCUUCAGCGUGGUGAGCCCCUCCUCCUUCCAGAAUGUGAGUGAGAAGUGGGUUCCCGAAAUCCGAUGCCACUGCCCCAAGGCACCCAUUAUCCUGGUUGGGACACAGUCGGACCUCCGGGAGGAUGUCAAAGUUCUCAUUGAGCUGGACAAGUGCAAAGAAAAGCCAGUCUCAGAGGAGGCUGCGAAGCUCUGUGCUGAGGAAAUAAAAGCUGCGUCCUACAUCGAGUGCUCUGCUUUGACUCAGAAAAACCUCAAGGAGGUCUUUGAUGCAGCCAUCGUGGCUGGUAUUCAGUACUCAGAUACCCAGCAGCAACCAAAGAAAUCCAAGUGUAGGACUCCAGACAAGAUGAAAAACCUCUCCAAAUCCUGGUGGAAAAAAUACUGCUGUUUUGUAUAAGGGUUGCAAGGACACAAGUGCUUCUCUGAGGAAAUCAAAUAGAGGCUAUAUUAGCUGAAAUCUCAUCUGUGUUGUCCCGAGUGUAUAGUGUAGAUCUGUAUGUAUGUGUAUACGUUGCUACUGGAUAUUUCAGUUGCCCUUUCAAGGGUGGUGGAAGGAUUCUUAGUUAAAUGAUUGCUAUAAAUCAGGUCUGGCAUCCAGUUUCGUGACUAAAACCUCUCAUUAAGGAAGAAGAGCACCAUGUGUCUGUGAGGAUAGAAGGAUUUGUCCGAAGGAUUUGGCUAGUUGUGUUUUAAGGCAUAUGCAACGGGGAGGAGCACACCGAAGGCCUUUGUUGCCAGGGCUUUGCAGGAGGAACACACUAGUGAUGGUGGAGACGUCAAGCUCUGUAUGUGGAUGAUCAAAGGGAAAAAUAACACUGUGCCUCCUAACUGACAUUUGUAGCUUUAAAACCCCACUCCUGCUCUCUUCUCUGUGUCUUCCCAAGCCAAUGCUCUUGGGGAUCGCUUUAAAAAGGGUAUGUGAGAGGUGUAGUCUAUACGCAAAUGCGACAGUUGGAAAGGUCAUGAAUAUACCUUCAGCACACGGUGAGGGAACAUAAUCCCUUAUGGAGCUGACAUCUCGUUUGUCACCUCCUGACUUUGAGAAAGUCCUUUCUGUCCUCUUUCCCCUGCCAUUCCCAGGAAGCUGCGUGGAAGCCCGAGGAACAUGACCAAGCUUUAACCUGCUACCUCGAGCAGUGGUGAUGUCCUCUGUAUUUUUGCAGACAUGAUGACAGUUCAUCUAUUUCAGUUGAAAGGAAUGUAAAUGCUGUUUGUUGUUUGGUUUUUUUUUGUUUGUUUGUUUGUUUUGGUUUGGUUGUUGUUUGUGUUUUUUUUUUUUUUUUUUUUUUUCAGAAAUAUGUGUAACAAAUAUUCCUGCAGCACCAUGUAAACCACAUCUGGUUUUAAGUCUUCAGCCAAGUAUUUCAGGAUGCUUCUCCUUACCUUUUAAGGCUGCUAAACAAAUAACAAAUCAGGCAGAUCAAGAUUUAUAACAAACUAGACUCUAGAAACUGAGGCUGCUGUGUCCUCUUCAUGAUGCUGUUUUCAACCAAGUUAAUGUUUCCCUUCUGCAGGCAACUGACGCUUGUGGUUUAACCUUGUCCAAGCUCACAGUCGUGAAAUCGGCUGAGGUCACCCUGGAUAUUUAACUGAUAAUUUUUUUUCCCCAGGUCAGUCCAACAGAUUGACUGAAAUGUGCCUAAAAUGUAGCUGAGUGAUCAACAUGAUGCAGAGUUGAGUGUGACCUACUCUCUGACUAAAUCUGGUUCCUACUAAACUAAGCCUGAUUCAAGCCCUGACGAGUUAGAGAGACCUGAGGGGUAACAUGACCCUCUGCAAGAACCAGUAUUUUAACUUAUUCUGCAGAGGACAUUUAGUUUGUGCCGUUUGUCUGCCUUUUUAUGGCCCUGACUACUUUUAUUUUUUUCCCUAGAUAUUUCAAGAUCAGAUUUUAUAUAUAUAUAUAUAUAUAUAUAUAUAUAUAUACUUUUUUUUUUUUUUUUUUCCCUUUGGUCAUAGCCUUGAAGUGACCUUUUUCAUAGUCUUAAACUAAACUGCAGUGACAGAAAGCUGAAACCUUUUUUUCAUCAGAAAUGAACCAACGCCUGAUAUAAACAAGAACUGCGUAAGCUGUUUGAGUUGAUGAAGCUGACCACAGUUUACCUCCUGGCCCAUUAAAGAAAAUAACACUAUGUAAAUGGAUUCUGGGCUGUAUUGGCAUAGGCUCCACACAUAAACAGUAUUUUUUCCUCCUCUACAACGAACUGAGUGUAGAAUGGGUAAUGUUCCACUGCUAAAAAUUUGAAAAUGGGAUGGAAAUCUUUACCUAGGUCUGAUUCAAUAAAAAUGUGUUGGGUUUUGCACUGGAACAGCCUAGAAAAAGUUUCCAUAGCACAGAAGCUGGAUGCGUUUAACUUGAUUACAUCUGGUUGGUAAUGGUUUAAUGUUUACUGGUCAUGAAGUUAACAUCUGAACCUUUAUAUUUCAUACUCAAAUGCUUUGACAGGAUUUCAGAUAUGCAGUCAUACCGUCCGUCAUCCAGGAGAAAAACAUAGAGCCAGAUUUCUCUUGGGUGCUUUGCUUCUCUGUAAAACGGCCUCAGUCAAUCAAAAAUGUGGAUUUGGGAGGAGAUGGGCUUGAAUCAGAGCAGCUUCCUUUUGCAAAAGUAGCAAAAUUUAUUCUGCAAGAUCAUACUGCUUUAUAUCAUGCCAUACUGGAAGCAGUAGGUUAUAUUUUAUAAGCAGCCUGUUUCAUAGUCUGGAGUAGCAUUACUUUAAAGUUAGCCAGCUGUGACUGUUUCUGAAAAUGUGAUGUAUAUACAACUUGUUAUAGCCCUUUACUAGGUGUAUGUAAACUGAGGUCUAUUAACUUUAUGAAUACUGCUCUACAUAGGGCUACACAGGGUCUAAGUUCUAGAAAUACUACAUUUAAAAUCACCAGUAUUUUACAAGUGCAAGUGAGGGGGAGAUGUCUCUAUGUAGUCUAUAAUCUGAUGUGCCUUAUAAAAAAAAAACCACACACCUCUCUUUGUUUUCUAAGUGUAGGCUAUAUUCUGAAAAAAAUAUUUCAUGUGAGAAUGAUAUAAAUGAGGUAUUUGGAAAUAAAUUCUGACCUCUGUA